AAUAAAAUUUGAAACUAACCUAUUAAAUUUUGUUUGCUUUGCUUCUCUAAUUUGUAUCGUGAGAUUGUUUUAGUUUUAUAUUACGAUAUCGUAGUUAUAUUCAUUAAAAUUAACAAUGGCUGAGAAAUUAGAAGACCUAAAUUUACCUGGCGCAACCGUCGCUAGAAUUAUUAAAGAAUCUCUACCGGACAACGUUAUUAUUGGCAAAGACGCUAGGGCAGCUCUCUCAAGAGCCGCUUCAGUUUUUGUAUUAUUUCUUACUUCACAGGCUUCACAAGAAGCACAACGAGAAAAACGGAAAACCUUAUUAGGUCAAGAUGUAAUAAAAGCUUUGGAGGAAUUGGAAUUUGAGGAUUUCAUCGACCCUUUACAAAGGGUCCUAAAAGAUUUUAAGGAAUCGAAGGGUAAGAAACAACCUAAAUCGAAGAAACCUAAUGAAAAUGGCCAUGAAGAAGUCGAGGAGGAACAGGAAGAUGAUAUUGUGGAUGAAGAAACAGGAGACUGAGUUUUUUUGUUUGAAUUUGUGUGAAUCUUAUUUAUUUUAAGGUAAAAAAAAAGAAAUAAAACAAUUUCUAAUCUAUAUAUUUUU